AUGUUAUCAGUAGCACUGGUAAAUUGUGGUUUACAAAAGCCUGCACCUGCAUUGCUUAAAGGUGAAGAAUUUCAUGGCAGAAGGGACCUGGAAAGUAUGCAAGAGUAUCAUCUAAUGAAAGAUAACAUUAUUAAAAAUAAAAGUAAAAAAAUGACCGUAAAGAUACAUAAAAACACACAAGUAACAAAUUAUAAAUUUAUGAUGCCCAUUGAAGGUGAAAUUAUAGCAAAAUUCAAAUCUAACACCACAGAUGAAAUAUGCAAAGAUGGCAUAAAAAUCGCUUCUCAUAAUGGAAGUAAUGUAGUAGCUUCUGCGUCCGGUAAAGUGAUAUAUGUGGGUAAAGGACUUAGAUGGUAUGGUAAUCUUGUUAUCAUAGAACACAAAGAUCACUAUACCACUGUAUAUUCUUAUUUAAAAAAUAUACAUGUUACAAUUGGUGAUGAGGUACAACAAGACCAAAUCAUUGGCUCUGCAGGAAAAUCCAGCACACAAGACAAAAACCUACAAAUAUGUUUUACUAUGCGACACAACGGUCAGGCAGUUGACCCAUUGUUGCAUAUGAAUUAA